AUGUCUGAUAACAAGAACACAAAGCCAGGUUAGAUUAAAAAUUAAAUUAAUUUCGUGAUUUUUUCAUAUUCGUAGGCAAAAAUUGCCUAGAAUGAAAAGAAAAAGGGGCUGGAGUGUUGGAGCUCGGGACUGGAGCCCAAACGAGAUCAAAGACGUCGCCUGGAGGCGGCGCCGGAGAAGUCGGAAAGAAUGAAAAGAACGGCGACACGGUCCAUCAGAAUGUCUGCGUCUCUUCGUUCCCGCCGCUCUUCACACGCAUCGAAACUCGUUUUCAAACUCGCCGGUGGACCCCAUUUUUUUUUUUGGGUGUGUGUUUGUCGGGAAAUCUUAGGACACGCUCCUAAUUGAAAUAAUCUAGUUGAAAAUAAUUGCGGCUCUCAUUAACUUUACCACAAAAAAAGUAUAGGAGAUCCUCAAAUUCGACACCGAAAUUGAGAAAAUUGAGGUGGUCUAAAAAUAGAAAAGAAGAGUAUAGAAGAUAAUGAAGUUUAAAUGAAUUUCAAGCUGGAAAAGGCUUUUUGCGGAGAAGUUCCAAAAAGAUUAGAGUCGAAAUUUACUUAGCGGGGCUUAAACGUUUUUCAAGAUCCCGCCGAAUGUAUCGCUGGUUUGGCCAAGAGAGUGGUGUGUCAGAGCACGAUCAAAAGAAUUUGUGAAAGUUCUAGAAAAUGUCGACGACGCUUUAGAGAUAAGGCGGUGAAAUGGAAGAAAGGUGUCUUUUCAACGAAAAAGAAAAAAAGCAAUUUCUGGAGGAUAGACACGGAAAUGAUAGAAGUGGAUAGAAAAGAGUUUUGAGUGGACACAGAUGCUCCGGCCAGUUUGAAAGGCCCAAGCUAAUUGCCUUGUGGGGCAGCGGACGACCGUCUCCGAGGCAGAUCUCAUCUUCGUUCGCCAUCUCGUCGGCCUCGUUUGCAGGUCACCUGAGGAGACCUUCUCUUCUGUUUUCCCUAGAACUCAACAUCUGA